AUGCAAUGCAGCCAAGCCUCAUCUUAUUUCCCCCACCUCAUUCUCCUGCAGAAAUCACAAAGAAAGAGACAGGAGCAGCAGAAAGAGAGACAUGGAGACAGCGCAUGGAGAGAAGCGCGAGAGGAUCCAAAUAAUGGCAGCGUGUCAGCUCAGAAACCUACCAAAAACGUGACACUCGAGCUCCAGAAGCCGAGAAGAAUGCGACCACUAUUUAUCCGAUUGCAACAAAACGCAAAAGGGCCCAAAAACGUAUCGUCGAAGAACGGAAGAAGGUUUGCGAGGGCGAAAACGCGCGCGAAAACCGAAAAGGAACGUGGACAGACGGGGAUCGUGGGAAGAAGGAAGAAGAACGAAGCCCGCAAGAGUUGGACAAGUUUCGACAAAAGAGAAUGGAGAUGGAAGAAGGGAAUGAGAAGAGAGAGAGAGAGAGAGAGAGCGGGGACAAGAGAAAAAGACGUCAAGGCGGCAGUGCGAUGCCAAGGGCGAUCCGAGAAAGAAAAAAGUCUAAGCGUUUCUCGUUGUGCUGUGCUGGCGAUUUUGGGGCAAAGGAGGGACGAGGAAGAAGCAAAUGCGAUGCGACGCGCACGUGUGGAUUUCGGGGCGGGUGUUGCUGCUGCAGGUCACAGGUACAGGUACAGGGACAGGUAG